UUCUAAACUCUAUAUUUAUAUACUUUUUCUAUUCUGUCUAGCGUUUUCGGUGUGUUAUGGUUGUGGGAGUAGUGGCCAGCCGGGUCGUUACAGAAGAGAAUGGAGAUAACUAUGAUCCCAUAUAUUUGUCAGAUAUUGAAUCCGAUGAUGAAUGGAUCACCGAAAAGGAGAAUCCUUGCUUGCCUAUUGAUGCCUCAUGGAUGGAUGUACAUGAGUGCUUUGGUGUUGAUAAGGGAGCUCCAAAGAAGAAAAGAAAGAGAGGUCCAAGAAACUUGAAUGCCAAGAUUGGUAAGGGAAAAUCAAUAAUAGAAGAUGAGGAUGAAAUUGAAGAUAAUGAAGAAGAAGAACUUUUGAUAUUAGAAGAUGAAGAUGACUUGAGUGAUGUAGAUCUUGGGGUUGGGGAUGAUGAAUGAUCUUGGAUAGGGGCAUUUUGUAUAGAUUUUUUGAGGCUAUAUGACUGAAUUUGUGUGGCAGAAUUUGUGUGGCAGUAGCACCACUUGUUGCUGAGUUUAUGCUGCAACAACACUAAUAUUUUUUUUGGGUAGCUAUAUUGCUGAA